AUGAUGUCUUGCUCUGUUUUUGGUCCAAAAUUAUUACGUGCUUUUCCCAAAGCCUCCUCUCCUCGAAUUUUCUCUUUCCGAUCCUUUGAUCGUGCAUCGCAACUAGAAAGUCCAUUCUUGCCUCGGAUAUCUCGUCAGAAAUCUACCAUGAUCAAAACAUCGGCGUUCUUUAAUACCGGUGACGACUUUGACAAAGUCCAGGCCUCGCGACCGGACUUCCAGCGCGACGCAGAAGUCAAGUAUUCGAAGCCCCCAAAGCCGGACUGGAAAGAGGGCGAGGGCGCCAAUGACGGUGGCGAGAGUUUGAACAAGAAUCAUAUCGAAAUCGAUCCCUACGAGGAGGGACGACAUGCCUCAUCCAACUAUAAGCUUUUGAUCUCAGGGGUUGUCCCUAGACCAAUUGCUCUCAUCAGCACGAAAUCGAAAGAUGGCAAGACAGCAAAUCUGGCGCCAUUCAGUUACGCCCAAGUUAUCAACCACGAUCCUCCACUCUUUACGGUGGGGUUUGUUGGAUCACUCGAGACGGCCAAAGACAGCCUUAAGAACUUAGCAGAGUCGAAGGAAUGCGUGAUAAAUAUCAUUUCGGAGCACUUUGUUGAAGCCGCCAAUGCAACCGCAGUCAAUGCGCCAUAUGGAGUAUCAGAGUGGGAGGUAUCCGGUUUACAUCAGGCACCUAGUUCCGUUGUUCAGGCUGCGCGCGUCAAGGAAUCAAUGUUGUCAAUUGAGGGCAAGCUCGUUGAAACCAAGGAGUUCGAGAGCAGAACAACUCCAGGAAAGAAGACCGGUGUUCUUGCGAUUAUCGAGGGUGUCCGGUUUUGGGUGAGAGAAGACGCUUAUGACAAAGAGACGAACGUCGUAGAUCUAAAGGUUCUGAAACCGAUCAGUCGCCUAGGAGGUAUCGCAUACGGGCGAACAACCGACGCGGUUGAGCUUCCAAGACCACAGUUUUAG